GUGGCCGCACGUCUGUCCUGUCUGGUCCCGUCUCGCCGCCAUCAGCGCCAUGGCGGGGCUCCGUGCUGCUGCCGCGCUGUUCGGCCUCCUCCUGCCGCUCCUCGCCGCUGCCGAGCUGGAGGAGGAGGACGGCGUCCUGGUGCUGCGGGCCGCCUCCUUCGAGCAGGCGCUGGCGGCGCACCGAUAUCUGCUCGUCGAGUUCUACGCCCCAUGGUGUGGGCACUGCAAAGCGCUGGCGCCCGAGUAUGUGAAGGCAGCGGCGAAGCUUAAGGAAGAAGGCUCAGAGAUCCGUCUGGCUAAGGUGGACGCUACAGAGGAAUCAGAGCUGGCACAGCAGUUUGGUGUGCGUGGCUACCCCACCAUCAAGUUCUUCAGGAAUGGUGACAAGGCCUCUCCCAAGGAGUACACAGCUGGCAGAGAGGCAGAUGACAUUGUCAACUGGCUGAAGAAGCGCACUGGUCCAGCUGCAGCCACCUUGGAAGAUGCUGCUGCAGCAGAGUCAUUGGUGGACUCCAAUGAAGUGGCUGUGAUUGGGUUCUUUAAGGAUUUGACAUCAGAAGCUGCCAAGGAAUUCUUGUCAGCAGCAGAAGCUGUGGAUGACAUUCCUUUUGGGAUUUCCUCCAGUGCUGAUCUCUUCUCCAAAUACCAGCUUAGCCAGGAUGGUGUGGUCCUCUUCAAGAAGUUUGACGAAGGCCGCAACAACUUUGAAGGGGACCUCAAAAAGGAUAAUUUACUAAACUUCAUCAAGUCCAAUGCGCUGCCUCUGGUGAUAGAGUUCACUGAACAGACUGCUCCCAAAAUCUUCGGAGGAGAGAUAAAGACUCAUAUUCUGCUGUUCCUACCAAAAAGUGUGUCUGACUACCAAGAGAAACUGGACAACUUCAAGAGCGCAGCUGGAGACUUCAAAGGGAAGAUCCUGUUCAUCUUCAUAGACAGCGACCACAGCGACAACCAGCGGAUCCUGGAGUUCUUUGGCUUAAAGAAAGAAGAGUGUCCAGCGGUUCGUCUGAUCACGCUGGAGGAAGAAAUGACCAAAUACAAACCUGAAUCGGAUGACCUCACUGCAAACAAGAUCAAAGAGUUCUGCAAUAAGUUCUUGGAGGGCAAGAUCAAGCCCCACUUGAUGAGUCAAGAUAUUCCUGAUGACUGGGACAAGCAGCCUGUCAAAGUUCUGGUUGGGAAGAACUUUGAAGAAGUUGCUUUUGAUGAGACUAAGAAUGUCUUUGUAGAGUUCUAUGCCCCCUGGUGCGGUCACUGUAAGCAGCUGGCUCCAAUCUGGGACAAGCUUGGAGAGACCUACAAGGACCAUGAGAACAUUGUUAUUGCCAAGAUGGAUUCAACAGCAAAUGAAGUCGAGGCAGUGAAAAUCCACAGCUUCCCCACACUCAAGUUCUUCCCUGCGGGCUCCGGCAGAAAUGUGAUUGACUACAAUGGGGAGAGAACGCUAGAAGGCUUCAAAAAGUUCUUGGAGAGUGGAGGGCAGGAUGGGGCAGCAGCAGAUGAUGAUCUGGAUGGCCUGGAGGUGGAUGAGGAAACGGACCUUGAGGAAGGGGAUGAUGAUGAUGAUCAGAAAAUCCAAAAGGAUGAAUUGUAAAGAGUCUACAUCGCCAAAAAAAUCAGACACUAAAUUAGCUGCUGCUGUUGUGCAGCCCAGUGAGUCAGAAACGCAUUAAGAUUUAAAGCAGAAGGUGAAUGACUGGAAACCCAGGGAUUGGCUUUUAAAGUAACACUUUACCCUCACUUGUCUGUACACUUGACUCUUUUCUUUCUGUUCAUUGUUGAGAAGGGAUCUGUCACCAGGCAGCCAGCGCGGCCAGCUGGGCUCUUUUUUUUUAUUGCAAUGUACUUUUUUUGUACACAGCUUUUCUCUGAAGUAUUCUGUUUUUCUGGGUAGAAGCAGGUUGUGAAGCGGUAGCUCAAGUUUAGUGGCCCAACAAUCUGGAGCCUUGCCACUAAUGUUUUCCAAGAAAGAUUCUUUUUUUUUUCUUUUUUUUUUUUUUUUUUUUUGCUUUUAAGUCUGAAGCUGUAGUUGAUUUCUGCAUCUGACAGGGUCCUUAAUGGUCUUGGCUGUUCUUCCCUGGCAUUGGUCUGCAGCCCGUGCAGGGGAAGAGGCGGUGUGCUGGUGAAAGCUGCAUAUGAAGGUACUUCUCUUUGCGCUGGCUAGAUGUUUCCUUCCCCCUCUGCUUUAAGACACUUGGAGAUGACUAUUCCCAACACCUGAAAGGAUGGAAUACUGUGUGCACUGGCUGUGGCGGGCUCUGAGGGUGGAGGUGAUUGCUGGGCUCGCAAGCUGAGACAAGACCUGUCUGCUCUGCCAUUCUCUUGAUCAACUGCAAGGCUCAUUUGUGAUCCCUUAUUUCAAAUGGUUUGACCAGGCAGGUGGGUGGUGUGGACAGGCCUGAUAAAACAGAUCUGACUCACAAUUACUGGGUUUGGGGUUGAACUCAGACAGGGAAUCACCGCAAAGACCUGAGCUGCGGUGGGCUGGUUCUUAGCAUUCCGCUACAAUAACACAGGAACUGAAUUUGUUGGCCAAAUAAAGUUGAGAUUUUAAUACUA